AUGAAGAAGUUUCACGGAGUCGCCUUGGUUGUUUUUCUAUCAGCUUUAGCGACUACUUGCAAAGCAAAUAAGGAACUUUCUUGCGAAGAGAAGGAGCCAUUCACAUGUGGAAACAUUGACGUCGAAGGAGGCAGAGGUCGUGGUCUAAACAUCUGGGAUGGCUUCACUCACCGAUACCCAGAGAAAGGAGGACCAGAUCAUGGGAAUGGAGACACUACUUGUGAGUCAUAUACAAGAUGGGAGAAAGAUGUAGAGGCGAUAAUCGAAAUGAAUGCUACUGGCUACAGAUUCUCCUUUGCGUGGUCAAGAAUCAUUCCAAAAGGAAAAAGGAGUAGGGGAGUGAACAAAGGAGGUCUUGAUUACUAUCACAAACUCAUAGAUGCCCUCAUUGCAAGGAACAUAACGCCUUUCGUUACCCUCUUUCAUUGGGACCUUCCUCAAACACUGCAAGAUGAGUAUGAAGGUUUCUUGAGGCGCGAAGUCAUAGAUGAUUUCAAAGAUUACGUGGAUCUAUGUUUCAAGGAAUUCGGUGGAAAGGUAAAGAACUGGCUCACUAUCAACCAGCUCUACACAGUGCCUACGAGAGGCUAUGCAAUCGGGACAGAUGCACCCGGUCGAUGUUCUCAAGCGAUUGAUAAGAGAUGUUACGGCGGAAAUUCUUCAACGGAACCCUAUAUAGUUGCACAUAACCAGCUUCUUGCUCAUGCCGCGGUGGUUGAUCUUUAUAGGAAGAAAUAUAAGUUCCAAGGAGGGAAGAUCGGACCUCUGAUGAUAACUAGAUGGUUUUUUCCAUAUGAUGAGACUGAUAAAGCCUGCAUAGAUGCAACUGUGAGGAUAAAAGAAUUCUUCUUAGGAUGGUUUAUGGAGCCGCUAACAAAAGGUAGAUACCCAGACGUCAUGAGGAAAAUGGUGGAAAGUCGUCUUCCCAACUUCACAGAAGCAGAAGCCAAACUCGUAAAAGGUUCAUAUGAUUUUCUUGGUCUCAACUAUUACGUCACUCAGUAUGCACAGCCAGCUGCUAACCCAUAUCCUUCGCCAAACCACACUGCCAUGAUGGACCCAUGCGUAAAGCUCACGUGUACUACUCUAUAUAAUACCACGUAGUUACAACCUUUCUAUUACAAAACAUAUUGUGUGACUGACCAUCAAUUAUUUCAUCAUCCUUGUGUCUACAGCUGAAAAUUCACACGACAAGGUAAGCGGCAACAGCUAUUACUACCCAAAGGGAAUUUACUACGUAAUGAAUCACUUCAAAACCAGAUACGGUGACCCUUUAAUCUAUAUCACCGAGAACGAAAUUAGUAGCCUCAGUUCUGAAAUCCGUGAGGAGGCUGUUGCCGAUUCCAAGCGGAUUGACUAUCUUUGUAGUCAUCUCUGCUUUCUCAGUAAAGUCAUCAAAGAGAAGAAUGUCAACAUAAAAGGAUAUUUUGCAUGGGCUCUUGGAGAUAAUUAUGAAUUAUGUAAAGGCUUUAGCGUCAGAUUUGGACUCAGUUAGGUUAAUUGGACAGACGUAACUGAUAGAAACUAAAAAGAUUCUGGCAAAUGGUACCAGAAGUUCAUUAACGUUACCACCAAGAACCCUACUAAACAAGAUUUCCUCCACUCUAGCCUCUCCUCCCAAUACAAGAAACUCGCAGAUGCAUGAACACUUUAUGCCCAUGAUCAAGCUCAUGUCAUAACUCUUUCUACUUGCUCCAUAGAUAACAUAAGGGAGCUUUGUUUACUGUACUAAAUAGAAUAAUUUCCCCCCCCCCCCCCAAGUCAAGGGAUGGGGAAAAAGAAGCAAUGAACCAAAUUUAACCAUAAGA